GAGGUUCCGCCAUGGCUAUUACUUUACAGAAGCAACCUUAGCAAGUUAGCAUAACCACAUUGUCAUCACUUCCUGUAAUAAAGAGUCCGCCAUGGCUGUUCCUUUUCUAAGCUCUUCUUUUCAACUCACAGCUACUUCUCCAAUACUCUUCUCUAAAGUAAAAACACCCAUAGUCCACAAACAUUUCAAAAAGAGGACAGCACCAACGAAACCCCGUUUCCAUCUCCUCCGCUGUUCCGCCGCCUCCGGUACCGCCGUGGUUGAUCAGACAGAAGGAGGAGGAGGAGGAGAGGUUUUUAUAAACCCUGAAGAAGAGAAACGUGUUGAGGUGGCUGAUUACGAUUGGACAGAGGAGUGGUACCCUUUGCAUCUCACCAGAAACGUCCCCGAGGAUGCGCCGCUUGGCCUCACCGUCUUCGAUAGCCAAAUAGUUUUGUAUAAAGACGGCGACGGAACACUUUGCUGUUACGAGGAUCGUUGUCCUCAUCGGUUGGCUAAGUUGUCUGAAGGACAACUUAUUGAUGGGAGAUUGGAAUGUCUGUACCAUGGUUGGCAAUUUGAAGGAGAUGGCAAAUGUGUCAAGAUUCCUCAGGUUUUUGUUCAUUCACUGACAGAAGAUGCUCAGCCUCUGGUUUUUGAGGUCACCGAGCGGACUAACCGGGGUUUCGCAGGGACUUGGAGUCGGGAGAAAGACGGCGGGAACAGGACUAAUUUACUUCGGUUUGAUGCUCCAUGUGUUCUGCCGAACAAUCUAGAACUUGAGGGGAAGGACGGGGUUAAGAACUACUUUUCAGGGGUGUUUCUCUGUAGACCUACAGGGCAAGGGAAGUCUAUGCUUAUUGUUAGGUUUGGGGUCACGAAAAUGUCACCUUUGGUUUCAGUGUUACCUCAAUGGUUCUGGCAUCAGAAUGGCUGCAAGGUCUUUGAACAAGACAUGGGGUUCCUAUCGUCUCAGAACGAGAUUCUCAUGAAGGAGAAAGUACCAACUAAGGACUUGUAUUUAAAUCUCAAGUCAUCAGACACAUGGGUCGCUGAGUACAGAAAAUGGAUGGACAAAGUUGGUCAUGGGAUGCCUUACCAUUUUGGGCAUAGGACCAUAUCUCUCCCCAAGGUUCCUCCCGUAGUGGAACACGCCCCAGCAGGGAUCAUUGCAGCUCUCUCAGCUUCUUACCCUGCAAAAGGAGGAAUUGGAACUAUGCACGCUCCUAAUUUGGCUAACCGGUACUUCAGACAUAUUAUCCAUUGUAGAAGCUGCAGCAAAGCGAUCAAAUCUUUUGAGCUCUGGAAAAAUAUCCUCUCUGCCACGGCAGUUGUUUUGACGACUUUGGCAAUCCUGGUGGUUAGUAGACAGUGGAAGGCUGUCCUGUUAGGUUCAGCAGCAUUGCUCUCAGCCGCAGCUUAUGGUUGCUUAAGAGCUAUAGAACUAAACACCAAUAACUUCAUUAGAACACACAGAAGACUAUGAAAAUGUAUAUUGUGAUGUCUCCUCUUCCUCCAACAUGUAUUUCACGGAAUACUAUUUUGCUUGUAAACGCAACUAUAAUUCAUUC